UUCACUUGCAUUUGCAGCGACACAUAUUAGGAUUACGUUAGACACAAAUUCAAAGAAGUUUCUAUGCGCACAUUAUAAGCUUUUGACUCUUAAUAAUUCUCCUGUUUUUGCAUUCUUCACAGUAUAAUUCAAGUUUCAAAACUAAAAACCAGUAAUAGUGGGAGUGUAGUAAAUUUCAAUUCAAUUCUCAAUUUUAUAUUCUUAAAACAAGAAGAAGAGAACUGAAGGUGCCCUCGAUUUUGAUGCAGUAGAACCUGGACACUGACCCAACUCCCAUCACUUGACUCCUCGAUUCUCUACAAUCUUCCUUAACUUUCACUCUCUGUAGUUAAGACUCUUCCUAGUUUCUCUUUCUUUUUGAUUUUUUGGUAAGCGACUCUGUUUUUCUGAGGUUGAAGAGAAGAAACCAUUUCUAAGAUUCGAGGGAUCCGUGAAAAAGUUGAACUGAAGAAGGAAAAAAAUGGGGGAAACACAUCAUGAUCAUCAUGAUCAUGCUCAUACACCACCGCUAAUAGGAGUACCACCUAUGUCUGUUGGAUUAGGAGGACCACUCUCAGGACCUAGAGGAGCUACGUUUACACCUGAAGAACAACUUCAUCAGCUUACUUUCUGCAUCCAUUCCAAUCCUUCAUGGCCGGAAAUGUUUCUUCUGGCUUUCCAGCAUUACAUUGUGACAUUAGGAACAACUGUUAUGAUUGCCAGCUUUCUUGUUCCUCGAAUGGGAGGCGACCAUGGAGACAAAGCUCGUGUAAUUCAAACAUUGCUGUUUAUGGGUGCUAUUAACACUCUUCUUCAAACUUUCCUGGGGACACGGCUUCCUACUGUGAUGGGCUCAUCAUUUGCAUUCGUCAUACCGGUGGCGGCAAUAAUUAGAGAUUUCUCUGAUAGUGGCUUCAACAGUGAGCAUGAUAGAUUCGUCCACACAGUGCGAGCUAUUCAAGGAGCAUUAAUUGUCUCAUCAUUUUUCAAUAUCAUCAUUGGGUAUAGCAAGGCAUGGGGGACAUAUUCAAGACUCUUCAGUCCUGUUUCAAUUGUUCCAGUGGUCUGUGUUGUGGGUCUUGGCCUGUUCCAGAGGGGUUUUCCCAUGCUUGCACAGUGCGUUGAGAUUGGAUUGCCCAUGUUAAUUCUACUUGUUAUCGUCCAACAAUACUUGAAGCGUCUCCACGAAAGCACUUAUGUUAUACUUGAGAGAUUUGCGUUGUUGAUGUGUGUCGGAGUUGUAUGGGCUUUUGCUGCUCUACUCACUGUAAGUGGUGCUUACAAUGAUGUCGGUGAACAAACAAAAACAAACUGUCGCACUGAUAAAUCCCACCUUUUGUCAGCGGCUACAUGGAUUAGAGUGCCAUACCCUUUUCAGUGGGGUCCACCCAUCUUCAGGGCUAGCCAUGUGUUUGGAAUGAUGGGAGCUGCACUUGUUACCUCUGCUGAGUCAACUGGAACAUAUUUUGCAGCUGCACGUCUUUCAGGUGCUACACCUCCUCCAGCUCAUGUGCUUACUCGAAGCAUAGGUCUGCAGGGUAUUGGUAUGCUGCUUAACGGUAUCUUUGGAGCAGCAGUUGGUCCGACUGCAUCUGUAGAAAAUGUUGGUCUUCUCGGAUUGACCCAUGUUGGUAGUCGAAGAGUUGUGCAGCUAUCAUGCAUGUUCAUGCUCUUCUUUUCAAUAUUUGGAAAAUUUGGUGCGUUUUUUGCAUCUAUUCCGCUGCCAAUAUUUGCUGCAAUUUACUGUGUUCUCUUUGGACUUGUUACUGCCACUGGGAUCUCGUUUAUUCAGUUUGCGAAUAAUAACUCCAUGAGGAACCUUUACGUGUUGGGUCUUUCGUUAUUCUUGGGUAUUUCAGUUCCGCAGUAUUUUAAUAACUUCAGUAAUAUUGCUGGUCAUGGACCAGUUAAUACAGACGGGGGAUGGUUCAAUGACAUUUUUAAUACAAUUUUCUCCUCACCACCCACCGUGGCAUUGAUAGUCGGGACACUACUUGAUAACACACUUGACGCUAGACGGUAUGUCGAAGAUAGAGGACUUGGGUGGUGGAUUCCAUUCCAACACAGAAACGGAGAUAUGAGAAACGAUGAGUUUUAUGCUUAUCCCAUCAGGAUAAGUGAAUUAGUCCCUAGUAGAUUUCUCUAACUAAAAUGAAGGAUUGUUUAAUGAAUGUACUAUAUGCAUCCUAUAGCAUUUCGAUGAUAUUACGAAUCAAAGAGUGUGUUUCUUUAGUAUAGAUGAUAUUCAUAUUCUUUCUGAACAUAAUGUUUCAGAAAAUUUCAUCUACUAAAGAAUUGGGUAGAAAUGCACAAUGGUGUCAAAUUUUUGGCCCUUUGUUUCUGCAGAGUUGCAAACAUUUCUGCAGGCUUAAUCUCUGUAUUUAUAUUACCAACAAGAUAUAGCACUGCUGUCUCGGAGCCCUUGCUGUCCUGCUCUGCAGUUACUACUCUUUUUAUUUUAAGGAAUUUUAAUAAAAUACCACACUUUGGAUUUCCGGUUU